GCAGGUUGCUCGCCGGCUGCUGGAACCAGGGAUGUCGAUGUGCCUAGAAAUAAAGUUCUACAAUUGUGGAAGAACCGACCCUUCCUGCCUUAGUUACAGACUGCAGACCAUUGACAUCAUAAGAGCUUAUUAUCAACACUCAGGACCUGAGGUCUGUCAUCUGCUGAGGUUCCGAACCCCUGAACUGCACUGAGUGGAACAGUAUGUGCUCGAAUUCGAAUUUUUUCGACGAACCGAGAAGGACCAUUUCGUGUAGCCAAUUAACGCACUCACCUGUAGAGUAACAUAUUCAAAAAACGUGCUCUGUGUCAUAGCAGCGGGAAUCUGCUAGUGGGUCUGGGAUUUCCUGUUGAGUCUUCAACGAGAUCGGAAACUGUUGUAACGUCAGAAUCCUAAGACCGUAGCUGCAAAAUAGCAUUUUGCCGCGGUUGUAUUCAAAGUAAACGGACAAAUCUUCAGUUGGAGCUACUGUAUGAAUCACACUAAACUACUCCAGCAUAUAAGAUGCAGUUGGCAACUAUAGCAAGUAGCCUGAUAUCUUUUAUCGCGAUCCUGAUUACCCCAUCUGUUUCCAGAUUCUCUGAAGGGUCACCCGAAAAUGAUAUGAAAGGUCAAGUCGGUACUAACAGCCCAGCAGAGUGGCAUCAGCCAGGAGGAGUUCUUGAGAUGGCGAGAAUUUUUAGCAGGAUUCUUGUGGACCAGUAUGAAGCCGACUUGGAAGGUCGGCAGUCUACUCAGAACUCUGAAGUGUCGCAGUUUGGUACCGACCGCGGAAAAGCCUAUGUAAACAGUACGGUCAUGAUGCUGGCAAAUUUGCCCAUUGUUCUUCGAAGCGUGAUAACUUCGCGGUUCCCUCUCGUCGACUCUGCAAAUUACGACUAUGUUCGGCCCAUAGAUUCGAUUGGGCUUCAAAGACAAACGCAUAAAGCUAACAAUGAUGGGAAGAAGCAAUUAGAAGUGACUGAUAACAGUAAAGAACGCAAGGAAGAGCAAAAACGAUUACCGCAACCACAAGCAAAUUUAAGAGGGCGUUCCGCAAAACCUACUACCAAGCCCGAUUCUGAUGUCGAAGACCUAACUGAACUAGACAAUUUCCACCCGCCGCAGGUUUUUUAUCCACCUAGUGUGAAUAAAAAAACUGCUCCACUAAGUAUACACAAACCUUCAUUGAUAAGCACCGCUGCUAUUGGAGGUUCGGUUACUGAGACCAUGACACCUGGACAAUCUAGUUCGGCGUCUCUAUUAUCGACAACAAUAACCAACCACGAAGGAACUACUGAUCAGAGUAAAAAAGCUAUGGGUGAUCCGACAAGUCUGAUUAAUAACAGCGAUGCAGAAUCAGUGGAGUGGUUACCUUUGGCCGACUUAAGGUUAGAACCGGACGCUGCCACAGAAGAAUUACCCGCGGAUUAUAGUAGCGGCAGUGGGCCUAUCAUGCCGACUCGAAGCGUCGCUGAGGAUCAACCGACUAUGGCUCCCAUCCUUGGAAACAUUCCAAACAAAAACUUUGUUCCCGUAACACCGAUGGGUGGUAACAAUCCGAAAGAUAGCGCUGUUCUGCCGACAAUCACCGAAGUAACUACUGCAGUUAGUUAUCGGACGGACGGCGGUACAAAAACUGAAACUUCAAAUGCAAAAAACGAUGCCUUAUCGGACGCGAAGGACCCUGACAGGAAACUGACGGAUAACGACGUUAAAGCCAAUCUUCGAGAAUUUUACCUGAUGCAGAGAAAUCAUGUCACAAAUCCAAUUAUGACGGCAACAACUACGACAAAAAGACCAGUUGCGGUGACCGAGGACAGCGAACGGGUUUCGUCGCCGGCUGUAAAUCCCGUUGUCGCCCUAGCAGGCGCCGAUACUUCUGUCGAUCACACGAGUGGCUAUAAAUUGGCCUGUCCCCCAAAAGACCAAAUCCACCCUUGCACAUGCACUGAGCAUUACGAUGAGAGCGAGGACGCAAUUGAAACGUUGGGUAUGUGCCGCAACAUUGCGAAUAAACUGACGUUGUUAGAAGCUCUUCGCGGCUUUCGGGGACAUCGUUUGUCAUAUCUAGUUAUUGAUAAAAGUCACAUGCCACCAUUUCCUAAUAACAUGCUCUAUCGGAUCCAUGUUGAUUGGAUGGAGGUGAUUAAUUCAUCUGUGCAAUUUCAACGAGAAUACUUACAAUGCACAAUUAAAUGCACGAUCAACUAAAACAACGAGAGACUCUCACGAAGUACAUUUUUCUUAAAUUUUGUAUUACGUUCUGUACCUGAUAAAGACGCUGAGUCUGUAACUACAUAGUGGAAUUAAAAUAUAAUAGCACAAGCGAGUUCGGUAGAAACAAAAUCCUCGAAACAAGCCUCUCUUGCAGAUGAUGAAACCUGACCGAAAGAAAUAAAUAAGCCAAGACAUCAGCCGAUUUAGUGGGUCGAACGCAAUGUUGAAUAGCUAUUAGGUAAAGUCGCAAUGCCGAUAAUCUGACGAAGUUCAGGUAAAUGGCUAAUGUCGUGUUCAAACUGGUUGCUAACUCAGAACAGUUAGCACCAGAAAAAGCUGAGGAAAUUCUUGCAGUACUAAAUGCAAAUAAGAUAGUUAUCUCUUACAUAUUUUCAUGGCAUGAGGAACAGCUAAGAAGGAAUUAGACCGAAAGCUUAUAAAUUAUGCAACGUGAGUUUACGAAUAAUUAUUCACUACUCCACUCAACGAUUUUUAAGGACAGCAUUUGUGAAGUUGAAGGAGGACAGUCAGACCGGUCUAAUUGAAUGGCUGAUCUGAAACACUUCGCAUCAUCCAUCUUAGCCUUAGAAAUGGGUCUUCCGUAUCGGCUCUGUAUUGUAGUGAUAUAAGGGACAUGAGCUAGAGCAGUUCCGUGUGUUCCAAUGAGACAACAGCUUUUUAGUUUAAGAAUGAACUAUCGGAAUACAAGCGUUCGGAAUACGUUGUUCAUCAGGUCACACGGUCGAACUUUUUUUUUGUUAUAAAUAUUACUAUUUAAGGGCCGUAAUGAAUAAAGUCAAUACAGCACCAGUCGGACGUUAAUAUAUGAUAUAAUGCACAUAAAUAUGACGUCUAGACAAAUCAGCAGGAUACCUACAGUAAGUGCAAAGGUAGUGGCGUUGUAUUUUGUGCAUUUGUGAUACCGUAGGUAUGAUGGAUGGCCAUAAUAACGCGCAGUUCGUCUGAGAAAGUUCUCUUAAUAAAAAUAUUUAUG